GACUGUGCCAAUACUGGUGGGAGUUGGUGUAGUUGCUGUGACAGCAAUACUGGCCAAAAUUUUCCUUCCUGGUUUAUUUGGCUCUAAGAAGAAAAGUGUGCUUAUUACAUUGAAGGACGCAACAGUAAAAUACCCACUGAAACUGAUUGAUAAAGAGGUAAUUUUUGUUUUAAAGUUAAGUUACAACUUGACAUAUAUAUUUUCUUACUAAGUACCAUCAGGGCUUUUUUUUGCCGUAGAACUCGCCAGGACAGCAAAAAAAACAGUCAUACAGGCCCCAGAUUUUCCAAGUAACUUUUGACAAUUUUAUGUUUGGUUCUCAUGCACUUGAAUCCUUACCCUAGUUACACCACUAACCCUAGCUAUGCCACUGCAUGUGAACGGUAAAUACUUUCUGUAAAAUACUUCGGUAAAAUUGAAAAAAAUUAAUAACUAAAUCUGCUAACAAAAAGGCCAGAAUAUUAUCAGACACAAGGACAGAACACUCAAAAACAAAACAAUAAUUAUUUUUUUUAAAUUUAAAGGGCCAUCCACAAAUGACAACCUGCUAUUUUAGAAGGGGGGGGGGGGGGGGGGGGGGUUCCCCCCAACAUCACAACUUUGUCCAAUAAUUUAGACCCCAUCAUAAUAGUUCAAAAAAUCUUAACACCGUCCCCCCCACCACCACACACACACACCCCUGAUUGACAUUAUGGAUGACCCCAAUAUGAGUACCCGGCAACUUUUUUGUUAUGCAAAAAAGUACUGACUACCAGUAAUUUAAUAUUUAAUGGACUCAGGAAAUAAAAUGAGAAAUAUACAAUUUUGUGUUAAUAGUGUAAUACCUUUCAAAUUUGUUUUCUAUUUAAAGUGUCUAUAGCAAAGAGGAGCUAAUAUUUUUAAAAUGUACCAUAUGUUACAACCAGAGACUUGCAAUGCAUGUGGGGAUAAUGAAAAUUGGAAAGCAUGAUAUUGUUUUUCUUGUGAAUUUUAUAAACCCUUUUGUAACUGGACAUAUUUUUUGGGGACAAAAUAAUGACAAGGACAAUUUAUCACAGAUUAAGGAUUUAUACAUAUUGAUUUUAUUUAAGCAUAAACUGCUGUUACCACCAGUUAAAACCCUCAUUGCCAGUUUUGUAAUUUCUUUAUCUCAGCUGAGUUUUUAGUGUGUAAAAAAAUAAAAUUACCUUUUUUUUUCUCAAUCCCAUCUUGUUGUAAAAAGAAUAUCAGCCAUGACACAAGAAAGUUUAGAUUUGCACUUCCCACACCAGAUCAUAUCCUUGGACUGCCCAUCGGUAGGACUAAAUUUUGUUCAAAGUAUUUAUUAUUUUAAAAAUUUUGUAUUGUUCAAAAAUGAGUGAAAGUUUUUGUUUACUGAAACUAUUUUAAUAUCUUUAAGAUCAGUUUCCUUCGAAGCAAAAGAUUUUUCAUAAGAAAUAAAUAAAAUUUGGAUAAUAUUUUUUCAGGCCAGCAUAUAUACUUGACUGCACGCAUUGAUGGUCAGUUAGUAAUUCGACCAUACACGCCAGUCUCUAGUGAUGAUGAUAAAGGUUUUAUGGACCUUGUGGUUAAGGUAUUGUAAUGUAAAAUGUAAUUCCUGUAAUAGCUCUUCUUUUAUGGAUUUUAUUUCAACUAUAAAAAUAUCAUUGCAGCCAAAUCUGCACUUUUAAGCAUUAUUAGUCACCAAUAUUACAAAACAUAAUGUAUCCCCAAACAUAAUGUGUGGGGACACCAUUUUGAGAUUGUCCAAUUAUUAAUGACUGUGAAUUUUCUUCGAACACAAAAAGGAAUUUAUGGAGGCCUUGUUAGCUUAAUUCUCUGGGAGUUAUUUUGGUGCUCUGUUGGUUACUUUCUUAGUGUAUCAACUAAGUUUAACAGGAUUCUAUUCACAGGUUUACUUCAAGAAUGUUCAUCCAAAG